UUCCUUCCUCAGGCCUCAGCUCCCCACCAGAAUUUUCCUCUUUGCCCUGGCCUCCUGGGCACAAAUCUUCUCGCCGUUUGCAUCAGGCCCCGUCGUUUCUUCGCGCGGGCGCAACUCCGUCAGGGGAUCCGGCGCCGCCGAUGUCCGGAGACGCACAGCCACCGCUGCAGGGGACGGCGCGCUACGCUCUGUACCAGUUCGGCACCAGCGGCGCCGCCGUCGCCGUCGCCACCACCGUCACGCACCCGCUCGAUGUUAUCAAAAUUAGGCUCCAAAUGCAGCUUGCUGGGCAAAGAGGAAAUUUAGUUGGAAUGGGGGCAAUAUUUACGCAAAUGGUUGAAAGGGAAGGGCCUCGAUCACUCUAUUUGGGAUUUCCACCGGCAUUAAUGAGAUCCCUCAUCUAUGGCGGCCUUCGGCUGGGACUGUAUGAGCCCUGCAAACAUGUCUGCAGCUAUGCAUUUGGUUCAACAAACUUUGCUUUCAAAUUUGCAUCCGGAGUAGUUGCUGGCGCCCUAGCAACUGCAUUGACAAAUCCGAUGGAGGUCUUAAAGGUGAGGUCACAGAUGAGUACAAGCAGAAUUAGUACAAUUGGAAUGGUGAGGAAAAUUGUAGCAGAGGAAGGCCUCAAAGCGCUUUGGAAAGGAGUUGGCCCAGCUAUGAUGAGAGCGGGCUGCCUCACGGCAUCCCAAAUGGCAACUUACGAUGAGGCCAAGCAGGCCUUGCUGAAGUUGACACCACUUGAAGAAGGUUUUCAAUUACAUCUGAUGUCGAGUUGCAUUGCUGGAACGGCUGGUACACUUGUGACUGCUCCUAUUGACAUGAUCAAAACAAGGCUAAUGCUGCAAAAGGAGUCCAAAGGUGUCAGAGUAUACAGGAAUGGUUUCCACUGUGCUUACCAGGUUGUGCUGACAGAGGGUGUAAAAUCACUUUAUAAAGGUGGGUUUGCCACCUUCGCAAGGUUAGGCCCUCAAACAGCAAUCACCUUCAUUGCAUGCGAGAAGCUGCGCGAACUCGUGGGAAUGACUGCUAUUUAGUACCAAUUGACAUUGAAGAAUGCAGUUCAGUAUAUGUUUAGUCCGAGGGCAUAGGUUACUUGAUUCAUUACUAACAUUUUUGCACAUUCGUGAUGAAUAAAAGAAAACUCACAGGGAGCCCUGAGCUCCUUCCAUGAUUUUUGGUAGCUCAAGUGGUUUGCAGGAACUUGCUGCGGUUCAGAUUUUCUUGUCAAGUCACCAUUGUUUCACAGAUAAUUUGUAGUGAAGUAAAUGUAUUCACAAACAAAGUUUCAAAAUAGUUUGUAAUAGAUACAUAGAUGAGUCACUGUUCUACAUCAGUUUA